GCUGCCGCACAGGCGCCCAAGGUGCCGACGGGCAUGGCCGAGGCCAUCGAGGCGCACGAGGAGGCCCGGGAGGUCACGGUGGCGGCCGAGCAGGACGACGACGCGGGCGAGGAGCAGGACCCGAAGGUGGCCGCCCUGGGGAAGCUGCAGGCGUUGCUGGACGGCGCCGCCCCGAAGAGCGAGCUGGAGGCCGCCCUCAAGCUCGCGAAGGCCGCCGGCGUCGACGACGCGGCGCAGGAGCUGCGGGCCGCUGAGCAGCGCCUGGAGGACCUGGAUGCGCGCAUCAAGGCCGCCGGGAAGCUAUCCAAGGCGGUGGCCGCCAGGGACGCCGCCAAGAUCAAGAAGGCCCUGGCCGAGGCGGAGAAGUGCCAGGUCGACUCGUCGAGGCUCGACGAGGCGAGGGAGGUCCUCGCCGUCGAGGAGCCCAGGCAAAAGGCCCGCGACAGGCUGUCCGCCGCGGAGGAGGCGGGCGACGCGGAGGCCAUGAAGGCCGCGCUGGCGAAGGGCGAGAAGGUCGGCUUGCCCGAGGCGGAGCUGGACAAGUACAGGGAACUCCUGAACUCCACCGAGUCGAAGGAAAAGGCCGAGGCCAUGCUCAAGGGCGCCGUCAAGGAGAAAGAGGUAAAGAAGCUGAAAUUCGCCAUUCAGCAGGCCAAGGAGGCUGGCGUUGAAAAGGACGUCAUCAAGGAGGCCAAAGCUGUUCUCAAGGAGGAGCUGCCCAAGGCAGAGGCCCGGGAGCUGCUCAAGGAGGCGCUCGAGAAGGGCACGGUCGAGGCCCUCGAGGAGGCCGUGAUUGCGGCGAAGGAGGCCCCGCUCCCGAAGGACGAGUACAGGGAUGCGAACACCCUGCUCAAGAGGGAGAAGGAGAAGGCGAAGCUUCUCAAGUCCGUUAAGCAGGCGCUCAGCGACUCCAAGAGUGCCGACAUGGCCGACAUCGAUUCCAUGAGGGAGGCGAAGGACAAGCUCGCGGCGGCGAUCACAGACGCGCUGGCGGCCAACGUCGCCGAGGCGGACCUCAAGGACGCGGAGAGUAGGCGGAAGAAGCUGCACAACACCAUCGAGGACCUAAAGGGCUCCAUCCGCGUGUUCUGCCGCGUCAGGCCGCUGAGCUCGAAGGAAAAGGAAAAGGGCGACACCAAGGUCACCAACGCCAUCGAUUCCAUGAACCUGUCGAUUGAGUCCGAGUCUGGCGGCAGCAGCAAGUACUGCUUCGACGCCGUGUUCAUGCCUGGCACGCAGGGCGAGGUCUUCAACGACUGCAAGGACCUCGUGCAGUCGGCCGUCGACGGCUACAACGUGACUCUCUUCGCCUACGGCCAGACGGGUGCCGGCAAGACAUUCACCAUGUACGGCGCCAAAGGCCAGGAGGGCGUGGCCCCCCGGACGAUCCAGGAGCUCUACAGAGUGGUGGAAGAAGGCAAGAUCCGGUGCGACUACACUGUGAUGUGCUCCAUGCUGGAGCUCUACCGAAACGACCUCGUGGACCUGCUGAGCAAGGGCAACCCUGCAGCCUCGAAGGGCAAGCUGAACCUCAAGGUCGACAAGGCCGGCGCUGUGCUGGUGGAGAACCUCACCGAGGAGGCCUGCGACAGCGCGGACGAGCUGUCGAGGCUGCUGGAGAGGGGCAACGAGCAGCGGACUGUGGCCGCCACGGAGAUGAACAGCGAGAGCUCGCGCUCGCACCUGGUGCUCAUCAUCAAGGUAGUGAGCGUCAACAGGGAGACCAAGGAGAAGCUAGCAGGUCACGCCAAAUGUGUAGCGGAAGAGGUCGAGCUGAGGUGGCUCAUGAUCUGCCUCGCGCUGGUGUUCGCUACGAUCUACCUGUCCAUCUCUGGUGUCAUGCCGAAGAUUGUCCGCAUCUUCAUCAUGACCGAGGACCUCAGGGCUCCGGGCACCCCCGAGGGCCCGCGGGACCUCGGUGCCGUGAAUAUUACCUACUUCUGGACCUCCCUCGGCACGUUCUUCUGGCUGGCCCUGACCGUGUUCAUGGUGAUCAGCACCACCCCGCCACUGAUGUUCAACGUCAGCCAUUUCGCGCUCUACGUGCUCUCCAUCAGGAUGGCGGAGCACGGGAUGCUGAACUACUAUAAGAACCUCGGCGAUAGUGACGAGCUCUCCAUCUGGCGUGGCCAGCAGUCGUACAUGAUCUCCGCGCCACUGUACAUCAUGUCCAUCGUCCAGGGCACGCUGGCCGCCUGGGGCAUCUACUGGCGGGGGAGCGACAAGUCCUUCUGGAGCUCCAGCGACCACGGCUCGGACGUCAUCCGCAUCGCGACGAUCUGGGUGACGUUCAUUUGGGUGAUGCUCUUCUUCUGCAUCGCGUUCACCGCAAUCAUGGCCACACGCUACGACCUCUUCCACGAUGUGCAGGACAAGUUCGAGAGACAGUGUCAGGUCUGCGCCUGCUGGAUGAUGGCCCUGAUGGCCAUCACGGUCUGGGAGCCGCUGUGCAACUUCUGGGGUUUCGAACAGAGCAUCGACGCCCUCGCCAAGGACGAGAGCCGCACGUUUGUCAGGUGGUGGGCCAGCUUCAACGUCUGGUGGCGCAGCCGCGCGUGGAUGCUCCGCUACGUCAUCGACUUCGGGCUGCCAGUGCUGAUCCUGUCAGGAGUCACCGGCUCGACGCCGCUGAUCAGCGUCAUCCUGCAGGGCAUGCGCACGGCCUAG